CCCUCCUGGAGGUGUCCCACAGGUGAAAAACCCAGCAUCUUGGCCAGGAUUUAAAUUUGCCUCAACAAUGGAAGAUGAUAACUGGAAGGACUUCAACUUUGACGAUUUCUUCGAUGGAGAUUUUAGUAAUUACAGUUACAGCACUGACCUGCCCUCUAUUCUACCAGAUUCUGCCCCAUGCCGGCCAGAAUCCCUGGAAAUCAACAAGCAUGCCGUGGUCGUCAUCUAUGCCCUGGUGUUCCUGCUCAGCCUGCUGGGAAACUCCCUGGUGAUGCUGGUCAUCUUGUACAGCCGCGUCAGCCGCUCCGUCACCGACGUCUACCUGCUGAACCUGGCCAUGGCCGACCUGCUCUUCGCCCUGACCUUGCCCAUCUGGGCCGCUUCCAGGGUGAAUGGCUGGAUUUUUGGCACAGCCCUGUGCAAGCUGGUGUCGCUCCUGAAGGAAGUCAACUUCUACAGUGGAAUUCUCCUGCUGGCCUGCAUCAGCAUGGACCGCUACAUGGCCAUUGUCCAUGCCACACGUGCUCUGACCCAGAAGCGCCACUUGGUCAAGUUCAUAUGUCUGGGCAUGUGGGCCCUGUCCCUGUGUCUGUCUCUCCCCAUCAUAAUAUUCCGAAAGGCCUUCUACCCGCCCGCCUCCAGUCCAGUCUGCUAUGAGGACAUGGGCAACAGUACAGCCACGUGGCGGAUGGUGCUUCGAAUCCUGCCCCAGACCUUCGGCUUUGUCCUGCCGCUGCUGGUCAUGCUGUUCUGCUACGGAUUCACCCUGCGCACGCUACUUAAGGCCCACAUGGGGCAGAAACACCGGGCCAUGCGGGUCAUCUUUGCUGUCGUCCUCAUCUUCCUGCUCUGCUGGCUGCCCUACCACCUGGUCCUGCUCGCAGACACCCUCAUGAGGACACAGGUGAUCUCAGAGACCUGUGAGCGCCGCAAGGACAUUGAUCGGGCCCUGGAAGCCACCGAGAUUCUGGGCUUCCUCCACAGCUGCCUCAACCCCGUCAUCUAUGCCUUCAUUGGCCAAAAGUUUCGCCAUGGACUCCUCAAGAUCCUGGCCACUCGUGGUCUGAUAAGCAAGGAGUUCUUGCCCAAGGACAGCAGGCCUUCCUUUGCUGGCUCUUCUUCAGGGAACACGUCCACUACCCUCUGACACUCCUGCCUCAGUGCAGCCCCUCGGGGUUCCUCCCUUCCCCCCAGCAUCCCAUUCCAAGCUCACGUCCACUGGCUCUUCAUGGUGUGAUUGUCACUGUGGCCCUCCAUUGUGGCUGCAGGAAGGGGCAGAGGCCACGUCCUUACCAGGCGCCCACUGCGUGGUUUAGAAAACCUACCAUGGUGCCCACCCCCCUGCCAUCAUCACUAGGCCAACGCUGGGGCUCUGUCCAUCCUGCCACUGGCCGCAGCCUGCUGCUUUGCAAGAAGUGCAAAUCAAAACCCCAGU